UGGUAGCUGGUUCUUACCUAUAUGCUGUACUAACCCACUCUGACCUAUGAGUUCAACCUACUAAACAAGCUGUUGAGACCACAGGUGCCAUAUUUUUGUCCUUUAAAAAUGAGAAACAAAAUGUAACUUGUCUCAAGAAUACUUGACGCAUGAAAGUAUUUCCAUUCUGCAGCAAAAGGGAGUCGGGAUGAACGAGCCGCUGGUUGAUGCUGAAGGGUUUCCACGUGCAGAUGUCGAUAUAUACCAAGUUCGUACAGCCAGGCACAACAUUAUCUGUUUGCAGAAUGAUCACAAGGUCCUAAUGCUUCAGGUGGAAAAAGCCCUCCACCAGCUACAUGCCCGAGAGAAGGAGAAACGUGCAAAGGAUGAGGCCGAAGCUCAGGCCGAAGCAAUGAAUCAGGACCAGAGUUUGCCUCAACCCUUUGCAAGAGUGAAUGCUGUCACCCCAGGCUCUCCUGCUAGUAUCUCGGGAUUACAGGUCGAUGAUGAGAUCAUUGCAUUUGGCUCUGUCGACACACACAACUUCCAGUCCCUGCAGAAUAUUGCCACUGUGGUGCAGCACAGCGAAGGGAAACCAUUAAGUGUGACCGUGAUCCGUAACGGCAAGAAAUUACACCUUGGGCUCACACCGAAGUGCUGGGCUGGGAAGGGACUCCUGGGCUGCAAUAUUCUCCCCUUGCAAAGAUGACUGAGGCUUGGAAGACAAUAAGAUCAAAGUUGUGCCUACUCUUUGAACUCCAGCCUGGUUUGAAAAGUUCCCUUUGCAACCUACAUUUCUUUGCUAAAGCUGGAGUGUUUAUGAUGGGAUCUGAGACUGACAUCCAGCCUGCCGGAUAUACUACACCUGAACUGCUUUCAGUAAACCUGUGCAUAGUUAUGAUUAGUAUUUGUGAUGGCCCUGUGACUUUAUAUGUUGUAGAGUCACAGGACCUGAUUCUGACUCUACAAUCUGUUCCCUAUAAAUCAUUCAUGCUGAUGUAAAUCAGGCAUGAGAUCAAAGUGAGGUCCAUAAUCUUUCCUUAAGUUAGAAUCUUUGCCAAAUUAUUCUGUGAAUUUUUGUUUGUUUAUGGAAAGAAAACAUUCACCAAUAAAGUUUUAAGCUGGA